AUGAAUAUCAAAACUUUGUGCCAUCAAGAGUACAAAAGAAUUUCGAUCCAAUCAUUGCUAAACCCGCUUGAGGAGGCAGUAACCGGUGAGAGUCUCCACUCUCAUGUUAUAUCCGGUAAUAAAGCCACUCCUGGGUCCUCACAUACACAUACAAAAAAUGGGCCUGCAGCUCAACAGGAUGUACAAAAGAGAAGAGGGAUCACCAGAAAAUGUCCCCAGUGCGAUAUAGUAAAAACUUCCCCGCAAUGGAGAGAAGGUCCCAAUGGAGAGGUCACGUUAUGCAAUGCCUGCGGUCUCUUCUAUAGAAAAGUAUUUUUGGUCUUUGGCAAAAGUUUAGCAAAGCGCUACUUCGAUGAGAUAAAAGGUGCCAGCGUAAAACGAAAGGUUCCUAGGAGCCUCUAUGGAGUUAUGAGAACACACUGA